AUGGGCACCUGCGGGCAGAGUUCGACAUCGCCAGGCGUAGCCGCGACGCCAGCCAACCACAGGUUUGCCCCGCGACACCUCUUGCAUGCAUGGAGGGAUCUUCGCUGCCUAGAGCCGACCCGCGCCUCACUCCGCGACCCAAAUGUCACAGAGAUCCAUCCGGUUGCGGCUGUCGCCCCUCCUCGCUUCGUGCUCUGUUCGCCUUCGCCCGAUGCCCCAGCCCAGCCCUGCCCCGCGCUGCCCUGGCUCUGCCUUGGCCCACCCUCUGCUUCUGCCCGUCGCCCCGUCUGCACCCCAGAUCGCCCCCUUGCCGCCGCCGCUGCCGUCCCUCUGUGGACGGGCGAACUCUUGCUCGCCUCUCCUGGACGCCGUCGUCGUCGUCGCCGUCGCCAUCACUGCCAUCCGCUCCUCACCUCCUCACCAUCACCAACACACCCUUUCGCCGUCGUCGGCACCCUUUCCGGUCCCUAUUCUCCACCAUCCGACGUCGCCGACACCGACCGCCACUCAACCUCGACGUCGACACCGGUUCGUGGCUUCAACAUCGACUCAUCCGUCUCAGCAAGAACGCCUCGCCUCGCACGCUCUCUUUCGACACCAUCCGGCUGCCCGAGUCCAUACAAUAUAGACCUGAGCUCGGGCGCUGAGUCCCCCAUCCUCAUCAUGGCGGACGACGGCUACGGCUCCCGCGAAAACCUCCGUCGGCGCUCCGCUGCCCAGAGCGUCGACUCCGACAAUGCCCAAGGCGCAGGCUACUACCAGCCCGGCCAACCCAUCGGUUUCGUCCGCGCUCGUGGCACCCCCUACGAGAAAAAGUACUUCUCCAGGAAGCUCGGCUACUGCUGUCUCUUUGUCGCCCCCGGUGUCCUCCUCGUCACCCUGGCCAUCACCCUGCUCCCCGUCCUCUACGCCGUCGCCAACCAUGCGCUCCACACCGCCGUGCUCCAUGUAGAGCAGUCCAACAUCACCAACCCUGGCAACACCUCCUUCCCGCUCACCCUCCAGGGUCAGACCAAGAAGGUCGGCAUCUUCCCCGCUCAUCUCUACUUCCGCGAGCCCGUCCAGGUCUACUGGGUCCUCCCGCCCCAGCCCGGCCAGGUCGCCUCGCCCGAAACGCUCACCGAGAUCAACCUCGGCCAGUUCCGUCUCGACUACAUCGGUGCCGCCGCCGGCCACGCCCGCAUCAAGCAGGCCACCAACUUUGAGAUCAACGACGUCGAAGGCUUUGGCGAGUUUGCAAAGUUCCUCAUCUCGCAGCCCGAGUUCACCUGGAAGCUCAACUGCUCCAGCGUCCACGCAGAGGCCUUCUCCUUCCUCCCCACCUACAAGAACCUCGUCUUCAACAAGCACAUCAUCAUCAAGGGCUUCAACAACUUUGAGGAUGUGCAGAUCUUGGACUUCCAGCUGCCCGGCAACGACCCCGCUGGCGGCGUCUCGCUCUCGGUCACCACCUCGCUCGUCAACCCGUCGCCCUUCGGUGUCCAGCUCGGCACGCUCGACCUCGGCCUCUACUACCAGGGCAUGUACCUCGGCCCCGCCAGCACCACCAACCUCAACGUCACCACCGGUCGCAACGUCAUCACCCUCAACGGUCGCCUCGUCCCGCACAACGACAACGCCACCGAGCUCGACCUGCUUGGCAAGCUCUUCACCGGCUACAUCAACGGUCAGACCCUCCCCACCCAGGCUCGCGGUGUUUCCGUCCGCCAGGCCAACGGCGACAACAUCGGCUGGCUCAGCUCCGGUAUCAGCGCCCUCGAGCUCGCCGUGCCGCUCAAGGCGCCCCAGCCUAUCAACCCGAUCAAGAGCAUCAGCAUCGGCUCCCUCGCGCUCGUCUACACGUCUGAGACCGCCUACAACCCUACCGCAUUCUCGAGCGCCCUCUCGGCCGUGCUCGGUCUGCCCUUCGGUUUCUCGCUCUCCAUCGUCAAUACCGCCAACACCUUCACCAUCCUCUUCGACGGCGCCCAGGUCGCCACCAUCAACUCGGCUUACUCCAACACCACCACCGAGCUCUCGAUCGUCAGUGCCGGCCAGACCGCGGGUACGCUCAACCUCACCUUGCCGCCUUCGGAGCUCACGCUUGCCAACAACACCGCGGCUGCACGCAAGGAGUUGGAGAAUUUCCAGACCUACCUCACCCUCAGCAACGGUACGGCCAUCCGCCUGCAGGGUGAGGCCAAGGCCAUCACCGACACGCCCCUCGGUCGCGUCCUGCUCGACGGCAUCAUCUUUGACGUCGACAGUGGUCUGCUCGGUCUGCAGGGUCUCAAUGCUUACCCGACGCUCAUCACCAGCGUCGACGUGACGGGCGGCACCAACGACGGCAUCCUGCUCAGCGUCGGCACCACGCUCGUCAACCCGUCCAACCUCAACCUCACCAUCGGCGACAGCAACUUCCAGCUGGUCAACCAGGUCGUGCUCGGCACCGUCACCAUCCCCGGCCUCAACCUGAUGGCCGGCAGGAACGACGUCAACGCCACCUCGGUCUUCAACCCCAACGCCGACCCCAGGGGUCUCGACACGCUCAACCGCUUCAUCGCCGGUCUCGACACCGAGCUCGGCAUCAACGGUUUCGAUGGUUCGACCGCCGUGUCGUCGCUGCUGCCGGCGCUCUCGCAGAUCCGCCUCAAGGCGACGCUGCCCGGUCUCAAGACCUCGCUGGUGCGCUCGGCCAACCUCACCGUGCUCGACUCGACCGGCAUCACCAACAACAUCGCCAGCUCCACCGUCUUCCUCAACAACCCCUUCACGGCGCCGCUCACCAUCACCCGCAUUCGCUCCAACGUCACCUCGCACGGCAUCUUUGUCGCCAGCAUCGACACGCCGCUCAACUUUAACGCCCAGGGCCGUGCCGUGACGCAAUCGCCACCCAUCGACCUCGGCCUCAACUUGUACCCGCCCGACAUCUUCGCGCUGGUUCGCGCCCUGGCCAUCCAGAGCGGUCAGAACCCGGCGUACAUUGAUGGUGUCGUCCAACUCGGCGGCUACACGCUCACGCCCACCACCUCGGCCAACUCGCGCCGCUCGCUCGGCGCAGACGAUGCCACGUACGACUACGAGGAGGACAACGAGCUGGCGCACGCCAUGAUGGACGGAGUCAACAACGUCGAGACGCUCGCCAACGUCGCCGAGUGGGCCGAGCGCGACGAGCCCGAGGCGCUCGAGGAGGCAGGCACGCUCAAGAAGCGCGCCAACCUGUACACUGGCUUCGACCUGCCCACAUACAUCAGCCGUGCCUUCAACUCGGCCACCGCCAACCUCGAGAUCGUGUCGGACGCCAGGAUCGGCGACUACGAGACCACGCUCACGUUCGCCCAGCAGAACGUGCCGCUCGGCACCGAUGUGACGCUCAACAAGCUGCUCCCCGUGCUUGCCAGCCCCAUCGUGCAGAAGAUCGUCGACAACGCCAUCCUCAACAUCGACCGCGUCACGAUCCUCAACCCGCAGCAGAACACGUUCCAGACGGCGCUCCAGGGCACCAUCACCAACUCGGGUCCCUUCGACGCGACCAUCUACUUUGCCAACGGUCUCGACGUCACCUGGAACGGCCGUCUGCUCGGUCGCAUCGCCAUGCCCAACGUCUCGCUUGCGGGCGACGUCGGCGCAACGCUUGAGAUCAUUGCUGAUUUCGCGGUUGCUGACGUCGGAUACCUCACCGAGUUCACGCGCUACCUGCUCACCGAGCAGAGUUUCGUGUGGAACAUUGCGGGCAACGGUCUUCAGGUCGCCGCUCUGGGUAUCGAGGUCGGCAGCAUCUCGAUCUCCAAGAACGUCAUCCUCAGCGCCUUCAACGGCCUGCGCAACAGCGUCAUCAUCAACUCGUUCGACCUGCCCUCCAACGACCCUGCGGGUGGUAUCCACCUUACAGCCGCCACGACCAUCUACAACCCGUCGCAGGUGGGUGUGCAGCUGUCGCGCUUCGGUGUAAACCUCGACCGUAACAGCACCUACAUCGGCCCCUCGGCAGCGCAGGACACGUUUGUGCUGCAGGCGCUUGCCGUCACUACGCUCCCGCUCGUGGGUCGAUUGGUGCCCCAGUCGUCCGACCAGGGUCUUGCGGUCCUUUCCGAGAUCUUCACGCGCUUCGUGGCCAACCAGAACACGGACGUCAUGGUGCUUGGUGACUAUGCUGGUCCCGAGAGUGUCACGUGGCUCAACGACGGCAUCAAGUCGCUCGCCGUGCGCGUGUCGCUGCCAUCGCAGCAGUUCACAGUCAUCCGCACCAUCUCGAUCAACCAGAUCUCGCUCUUCUUCACGCAGCAGACCGCGUACAACCCGCCGUCGAGCUCUAACAACACGCAGUCCGAGUUCUUCCUCCCCUUCAACUUCCCGGUCGACAUCCAGCAGGUCGGAGGUGGCUUCAUCGCCGGCUACCAGGGUCAGGACAUGGCCGUGCUCGACAUUCCGCUCUCGCCCUCGAUCACCGACGUCACCGCGCGCAUCCUCACGCUCAUGUUCAGCAACGUGCCCUUCGCCGUGUACAACAACCAGCACCCGAGGUUCUCGCAGUUCUUGGCCGACACCACCGCCAGCAACCAGGUCACCUUCAACCUCAACGGUCGCGCCAACACCAAGGCAAGCACGGCGGCAGGUGUGGUCACCAUCAGCAACAUCCCCUUCAACGUCGACACCAACCUGUUGGGUCUGCAGAAUCUCAACGCGCGUCCGGCGGUGGUGUCGAAUCUGGACGUGUUCCACGGCUACCCGUCCUACCUCCAGAUCAACGUCGACACCACGCUGUUCAAUCCGUCGGACAUCACCAUUGGCACGGGCGACGUGACUUUCCAGGUCUACUUCCUGAACCGUCUCAUCGGCACUGCCGUCAUCAACGGGCUGGUGCUGGUGCCGGGCACCAACAUCGUGCCGACCCAGGUGCGUUACUCGCCGCAGGGCGCCGAGAACACGCGUGCCGGUCAGACGCUGCUCGAGAACUACGUGCAGGGCAUCGUCUCGAACGUCAUCAUCCAGGGUACACGCGACACGACGCCCAUCGACUCGCUCAAGCAGGCGCUCUCGGGCAUCCGCCUCAACGCCGACAUCCCGCCGCUCAGGCAGCUGCUCAUCACCGUUGCCAGGCUCGUCAUCCCGCCCAACAUCGCCCAGACCGGUAUCGCCCAGGCCAACUUCGACCUGCGCAACCCCUUCACCGCGUCCAUCAACCUGCUCAAGGUCAAGGCCGAUGCGUCGUACCAGGGCAUCUUCCUCGGCGAGAUCAACCAGGACCUGUCGAGCAACCCGAUCCGUGCGCCCGGCCACACCACCAUCACGUCGCGCUUCCUGCCGUUCAACUUCGACCUGGACCCCAAGAACCUCAUCCGCUUCGUCCAGGCCGCCGCGGCGACGACCGGCACCGAUCUUGGCCCGCUCCCGCCGCUGUUCGCCCAGGUGCUCGAACAGGCGUCGACGCAGACGACCAUCAGCCCGUACCCGGACUUCAACCCACCCAACUGCAGGUCGGGUCAGCAGUUCGACGUGCUUGGCGCUGUUCUGCGCACGCUGCAGGGCCUCACGACGACGCUCAACGUGCAGUCGAGCGACAAGCUGGACGACUACUUCACCAACCUCAACUUCGUCCAGCAGCCCGUGCCGACGCAGACGGACCGCACCGCGCUGUACCUGCUCGGCCCCGCAGGUGCGCCGAUCGUGCAGAACAUUGUCGACCAGGCCGUGCUCACCGUCGCCAUCGCCAACAUCACCAGCGUCACCAACACCGGCUUCGACGUCUCGCUCUCGGGCUCUCUCACGGGCACCGGUCCGUUUGACGCGCAGAUCGAGUUCACCGAGCCGCUGACGGUCACGUGGCAGGGCAGGAACAUCGCCAAGCUCUCGCUGCCGCCCAUCUGUGCGUUUGCUAACGUCGGCGUGCCCAACCUGGUCACGAGCGGCCACUUGACCAUCACCAACCUUGGCGCGUUCACCGACUUUGCCAUCUACAUUCUGGCCAACCCGGGCUUCCAGUGGACCGUCUCGUCGAACAGGCUCACCGUGCGUGCGCUCGAGAUCAUCUACAGCAACGUCAUCAUCUCGAAGAACAUCGACUUCCGCGCAUUCAACGGCCUGCCAGGCGUGACGACGUUCAACUUCGACGUGUACGGCGAGACGAGCAACGCGCUGCUCAUCCGCACCGGCGCCUCGAUCCCGAACCCGGCCACGCUGGGUAUCCAGCUGGACACGGCCAACUUCGAGAUCUUCUUCAUGGGCACCGACAUCGGUCCGGUCAGCUCCGCCAACCUCUUCCUUGCCGCGCUCGCCACCACCAACACGACGCUCCAGGGCCAGAUCACCGCCAAGUCCGGCCGCGACCUGCAGAACACGGGUAUCCUCUUCACCAACUUCUUGCAGGGCAGGACGCAGAUCCUCCAGGUCAAGGGUGUCUCGGUGGUGACGCAGGCCAACGGCAACCAGCCCGUCAACUGGCUCAGCGCCGCCUUCCGCACGCUCACCCUCAACGUCGCGCUGCCCGGCCAGAUUUACCAGAUCAUCUUCUCGAUCACGCUGUCGGAUCUCACCGUGUUUGUCAACGGCAACCCGGCGGACUCGUACGUUAUUCCGUCGAGCUCCAACUCGACGAUCGCGACGUUUGCAAAUCCGUUCAUGUUCAGCCUGCAGCCGAUCCAGGCGUCGCCGCACAUCAACCUCUCGUACGCGGGUGGCGACACGGCGUACCUCGACCUGCCGCUGGCCAACGUGCAAGCCGGCACGUCGCGCGGCCCGCAGGACUUCCAGGCGCUGCAGCUCAUGUGGCGCAGACAGAACAUCGUCGCGGUCGACAGGCCCAACUUCCAGGCGUUCUUCGCUCAGCUCACCGACACGCCUCGUGGCCAGUUCGACCUGCGCGGUGGCACGGACGUCGUGGCCAAGACGGUGAUCGGCAACAUUCCCAUCGGCGGCAUUCCGUUCAACGUGACCACGACGCUCGCUGGUAUCAACAGCUUCAACGGCGUCGCGACGCUGUCGGACGUCUCCGUGAGCAGCGGUACGCCGGCGUUCCUGUGGGUCCCGCUCAAGGUGGCGCUCACGAACCCGUCCAACCUGACGGUCUUCACCAACGAGGUGUUCCUGCCCGUCAUCUUCUCGGGCACCUUCGUGGGCCGCGCCGAGAUUCCCGUGCUGGGCCUGAUUCCGGGCGACAACCUGGUGCAGUCGUACUUCUACUACGCGCCCGUCAACGCCAACGACACGACGGCUCAGCGCCUGCUGCAGCAGUACGUCCAGCCCGACGAGGCGAACGGUGGAAAGCAGAUCUCCCAACUCACCAUCGACGGUUCGCAGAGCCCGGUGGGUCAAGGCAAUCUCACGCCGUACGACUCGCUGCGUCCGGCGCUGGCAGGCGUCAAGCUGACCACCCAGCUCGAGGGUAUCGCCUCGCGCAUCGUCACGCACAUCAACGUCUACCUCACUGCGCAGACGCUGCUGACGGGUCUGGCGGGCCUGCUCAACCCGGCCGCUUCGCCUCCCAUCGUCGAGAUCGAUGUGACCGCGGUCAAUGCUCUCGACACCAAUCUGUACCUUGUUGCGCUGCAGACUUCGGCCAAGAGGACGGGCGAGACGCCUCGCGACGCCACGAACCCGGAUGCGCGCGUGUCGUACACGUUCCCCAACGGCGGCUUCGAGAUCCCCGUGGGCGGAGCCGAGGUGACAUCGCCGAGGGUGCCCAAUGUGGUGCUGCCCAAGGGUCUGAUUGCGUCGCUGCCCGUGAUUGGUCAGAACCUGGACAUCUACAACAACCUGCCCGUGCGCAUUGGUCCCUCGGUGGGCGACAGCUACCUGGUGCCGGGUCUCAACUACAACGAGUUCAACAUCCCGACGGACUAUGCGUUGUCGCUCGGCGGAGUGAACAUCCCGCUGGGACCUGUGGAGGACAUCUUGGGUCUGCUGGGCCAGAUUGCGGCGGCCGGUGUGGAUCUGACGCAGAUCCUCGGCGGCACGCUCACGCAGCUCGCGCAGGGCAACGUGAUUGGCGGCUUGAGCACGGCGACGCAGGGCGUGCUGUGCGAGAUCACCAAGCUCACGCCCGGUCUGGGCUUGUCGAUUCUCAACCCCAUUCUCAACCAGGCCAAGUGUCCCAAUGCGCCCGGCUCGUCGUCGUCGGCGGUAUCCGCCUCGUCGACCGCCAACCCGGUGGCGUCAUUGGCAGACGGUGCAAGCUCGGUGGUCUCGUCCGUUACCGAGGCCGCUGCCGGUGCGGUGAGCACGCUCACAUCGGCUGGCGGCGGUGUAGUCAGUGCCCUCACGCAGGCGCUCGGCGGCGGUAGUGCAAGCCCAGCCGCUGCCACGGCGUCGUCAUCGUCGAGUGGUGGCGGCGGCCUUCUGGGUCUCGGCACCCUCAUUCGCAGAGCCGAACCCACAGCCUCACCACACUAUCUCUAG